AUGAGCGAUUCGAAUAAUGUCGCCUACAGUAAUGGGUCGAAGAAAUCCUUCGAAGGCAACAUUGAGAAGUGGGAGCCGAAUGUGUAUGAGAAGGAACUUCUACGCCGUACGUGGUCUGAUGAGUUUGAUAAUCUUUACGAGCUGGGAUCCGCCAUCUACUGCUACAUAUUUGACCAUAAUCCGAACUGCAAACAACUGUUCCCGUUCAUCUCGAAAUAUCAGGGAGACGAGUGGAAAGAGUCGAAGGAGUUCCGGUCGCAGGCGUUGAAAUUUGUGCAGACGCUCGCGCAAGUGGUCAAAAACAUCUACCAUAUGGAACGGACGGAAUCGUUCCUCUACAUGGUCGGACAGAAACAUUGCAAAUUUGCUGAUAGAGGAUUCAAGCAUGAGUAUUGGGAUAUCUUUCAGGACGCAAUGGAAUUUGCACUGGAACACCGUCUCUCCACGAUGGCCGACCUCGACGAGGCGCAGAAAAAAGACGCGGUGACGGUGUGGCGAACGUUGGCACUGUACACGACAGUACACAUGCGAAAUGGAUUUAUCGACGGUCUGAAAGGUGUCAACAAGUUUCCGCCGUUAGUCUGA